AUGGCGGCAGCUACAGCUACAGCUACAGCUACAGUCAAGAGAUCCUUCCCCCUCUCCCUCUUCCCCCGGGCCGCAUCUCCUCGCUAUCCCACCCAAUUCUCCCGCACAACCUACAAGAUGUCCUCGUCCAGCUCCCGCUCCCUCUCCUCCUACCUCGUCACGCCCUCCGAGCUCCAUGCCGCCCUCAAGAAGAACUCACCCUCCAAGAUCUCCACUGCGCCGCGAACUGUCGCUCUCUGCGCGAGUUGGUUCCUCCCUAACGACGGCCGCAAGGGCCUAGAUACCUUUCGGGAGAAGCGCAUUCCUUCUGCGCGCUUCUUCGACUUGGACAAAGUCAUCGACAAACGCUCCCCUUACCCGCACAUGCUGCCCUCCAAGUCCGACUUCGCCCAGGCGAUGAGCGCACUGGGAAUCAAGCGCGAUGACACGGUCGUCGUCUACGAUACUGCCGAACUGGGCAUCUUCUCUGCGCCGAGAGUGGGAUGGACUUUGAAGGCAUUCGGGCACGACUCUGUGCAUGUACUGAACAACUUCAAGCUCUGGGUGGAGGAGGGCCUGCCGACCGAGAGUGGGGAGUUCUGGGACGUCGAUACAUGCGUGUAUCCCAUUCCGGAAUUUGAUGCUAGUAAGCUGGUCGAUUUCGAGGAAGUUAAGGAGCUGGCGGAGGACCACAACAAGGAGGGCGCGGAGGGGGUGCAGAUUUUGGAUGCGAGGUCCGCGGGAAGAUGGAGUGGGAAGGAUCCCGAGCCCAGGCCUGGAUUGGAGUCGGGACAUAUCCCUGGCAGUAUCUCUGUUCCUAUUUCUGAACUCUUGGAUCCGGUUACGAAGACGAUCUUGCCAGGAGAGCAGCUGAGAAAGAUAUUUGAGGCCAAGGGGAUUGAUCCGGAGAGACCGAUCAUCAACAGCUGCGGAACUGGGGUGACGGCUGCAGUCAUUGAUGCGGCAUUGAGUGAGGCUGGGUAUGGGGAUGAGAGCAAGCGGAGGCUAUAUGAUGGAAGUUGGACGGAAUGGGCACAGCGGGUCAAGCCCUCGGAUCAUCUGAUUGUGAAGGAGCAAUAA